GGCAGGGGCCCAAGCCUCAGACACACGGCUAAGCAUUUCAGAAAGAAAUCUGAGAGAAGCCCACCCCCACAGAGGAAAGACUUUGUCCUGAGAAUGGCUGGUAUCUGGAUACUGGCCAGCAUCAUCCUAGUGGCUGUGUUGGAGAAAGGAGGAUGUGUUGGGCCUCCAGGGCCACGAGGGCCUCUAGGACCUCCAGGUCUCAUGGGGUUUCCUGGUUUCAGAGGUCCACCAGGAUUACCAGGAUUUCCAGGAUAUCCAGGACCAAAUACAAAAUGCCCAUGUAAGAAGGAGUCAGCCUUCACUGUGAAGCUCAGUGGCAAGCUGCCUUCACCUUCGAAGCCUGUCAACUUCACGGAGGUCCUGUACAAUGCCCAGAAGGACUUCGGGGAGGACACAGGGGUCUUCACCUGUGAAUUGCCAGGAAAUUACCAUUUCCUCUUUGAUGUAGAGCUCCGUCACUGCAAGGUGAUAAUUUGGCUGAUGAAGGACAAAAGUCCUGUCUUAGAAAAGCAUCAGGUCUCCACCCAAGAGAUCAGGAAUCUCUCUGGCAUGUUGACCCUCCCACUGAGCAAAGGUGAUAAGGUGUGGCUGGAAGCAGAAGUGGAAACUAAAGAUCCAGAGCAAGCCAUAGCCAUAAUCUAUUUCUCUGGUUUUCUGAUAUAGUCCUGGCCUCUAUAUAACAAAGAUAAACCCCUUAUGA